AUGAGCAACGGAGGCACUCAAUACGAAUGGGCCAAAACCAUUCCGUGCAGAAACAUAAAAAUACAUGGCUUUUGCAAAUGGGAGAAAAAAGGCUGUUCCUUCAACCACGACGAUCCCUCCAAGAAAAAUGGAAGCGAGGUCAAAUCCACUCCGCAGGCCGUGAAGCCAAUAUCAGAACCAAUGUCUGCAUCGACCACGCUAUCCUCAGACAGCUUUUUGGGAGCCAAGGCCGGCGUCACGCCUUCCAAGCCGAGUAUUCUUGGCUCCUCACCUUUGGCAGUGCAAUCCGAUACAGCGGAUUCCGGGGCGCGCAAGAAGUUCAACAUCGAUACUCCUUCGUUCACGCCGACAGGAUCGCUUGUAAACAAGUUUGCUGACCUAUCGUCGAAGCUGGACGACAUCCCCAGCUUCUCUCCAUCGGCAAACGUUGCCGCUCCGGCUUCGGCAGGUGUUCCAUUCGACCCUCAGUCUGCCCCGAUUUUCACGCCCGGGAUGCCAAUUGGCGACCCAACGCACUCAGCUGCCGAGCAAGAGCCGUUUUACCAGCAAACGAACCCAUUCCCGAUCAACUACCAUUUGUAUGCUGGCCAGCCCCCUCCCCACAUCCAGCACCACCUCAAGCCGCAUGAAAGAACCGUUGCCGAUCUUUUUAUUCCAAACGACCUGAGAGAAGAGAUACAGAAAAAGAAUGAGGAAUCGCUCAGAACCAUUUCUGCUACACAAUCUGGCCUUCCUAUUCACGUUAACCAAUACCACAGCCUCUGUCCCAUAGACCAGAAAUUUGAAACAAGCGCAAAAUCGUUUGGAUACAUGUCGUCGGUUUAUAAAGUCAUGUCGAAUCUAGAUGGAAAACUGUACACUAUGAGACGACUGGAAAACGUCCCUAUUUCCUCUGAAUCGUGUUUCCGUUCUGUGAACAAAUGGCGAUCUCUGAACUGCGCCAACGUGGUUAAGUUAUACGAAGUGAUGACUACGCGUGCAUUUGGCGACAACUCUUUGAUACUCAUAUACGAUUACUAUCCGAUGUCGCGAAAUUUGUUGGAGGCUCAUUUCUUCAAAAUAGGAGACAAGGAUCCAGAGCUGAUUACAGAACCAUUAUUAUGGAACUACUUGGUGCAACUCACAAACGCAGUGAGCGAGGUUCAUAAAGCAGGUUUGGCUGUGAGGGUGUUCGAUCCAACAAAAAUAAUAGUGACCAACAAGGGCCGCAUAAGGCUGUCUGCCUGCGGGGUGUACGAUAUAUUAGAGGCCUCAUCCAAAGAGGGCCCAACAGAAAGCUUCAAAGAACUUCAAGCGCGCGACAUACAGGGAAUGGGUAUUUUGAUUUACGAUUUGGCAAAAUCUCUUGUUUUCGCCAAAGUGCAGAACCUCAGUGCGGAAGAAGGGAUUCCUAAACUAACGGUUUCUGACAAAUUAAAGGAUGUUCUCAAGAAGCUCAUUGGAAACGAGGUCUCGCUUGACCAACUACAGCAGCUCAUUGCUCCAGAAAUACUCUCGGUUAUGAAUGGUGUGCAAGAUUCUGCGGAUUACAUGGAGGCAUGUCUAUCGCGUGAAGUUGAAAAUGCACGUCUCGUUCGUCUUUUCGCCAAAUUAGAUUUUAUAUGCGACCGUCCCGAGUUUGUGAAAGACGGGUCAUGGUCUGAGACUGGCGAGCGCUACCCAAUCAAGCUAUUCCGUGACUACGUAUUCCAUCAAGUGGACGAAAAUGGGAAGCCUGUAUUAGAUCUAACUCAUGCGAUCAAUUGUCUGAAUAAACUCGAUGCCGGGAGCAAAGAGACUAUUCUGCUGGUGUCACCGGAUGAAAUGAGUUGUCUCAUUGUGAGCUAUGAGACACUGAAGGAACUGGUGGAAAAAAGUUUUCGUCAGCUACGCUCCUAAAGCUAAUUUUAACCGCCAAAAUUUUCUUUUCUCUCAUGUCCACUCACUAUCAUCUGUCACAGCUUCAAUGCAAGCUGUUGGAGCUGAGAGUGCAUUUCCACCAUUGGUGGAAUAGCGGGGGAGGAAGAAGAGACCCUGAGAAACAUCCGAAUAUUCUUACCAGGCGGCUGAAAAACAUGCCUUUGAUAUCUCUUCGAAAUGCCGAGUUUGCCGCGUAUUUGAUCUCGUUAGGUAUUGACAAAGAUACUGGUCUACACCUUGGGGUUCCCAUCAGUGAAUUGGCCAAACGUCACGAACGAUUAAGACAAACAAUCAAGCUUCUGGGAUUAGGUCGGAGUGAGCCGCAUCAGAAACAUAGCGAAACCAACGAGAAGCCCGAAUCUUGGCGUCUGGAUAACAGUUAUUAUCUACGAGUCGUCGAGAAGCUUGACGCUCCGCCAAAGAACGAGAUAAAUGAGACAGCGGAUGCAGAAUCUGACGAAGAGCUAGUUGAUGAGCUUGCAACAGAAAAGCCUCACAACCUAGAGAGUACACCUGUUGACGAAGCACAACAAAUGCGGGACCAGGAAGAAGGCAUGGUAGCACAGCAGCAGCUUGAUCCGCAAGGAUUGGGCCAUCCUCGAAGAGACCGAUCAUUUGCUAGAUUUUUACCAUUCAGAGCCAAACGAAAGAAGUUCAUCAAGACUCCCCCACUUGAACAAGAAAAUGAGCCGCCACCGCCACCGCCAUCAACAAAACCUCCCAGAAAGGUCUCGAUCUCACUGCCGACGCAGUAUCUGCAGUAUGAUGAGCCCGAUUCAGGGUCGGUGUUUGGGGAGUCGCUUUUGCGCGAUAUCGAUAGACCCAGCAUUGGCAGGCGGGCAAUUUCGGACGUAACCAACGCUUCUACAACAGUUUUCCGGCCUUUCAAAGCCAUUUUGAAACGAGAGCUAGUAGAGAACCCAAAGCCUUCAUCCAGGUCGCUGCGCCCGACUUCAGAAAGGACCCCCAACUUUGCGCCAGGAAAAAAAAGUACCCUUCCUGGGUCACAUCUUUUUACCACCAUCAUCAACGAUAUAUCGCUUAACGCUGCACUUCAGGCCAACGGCCUGGCGCCGAGGCGUAGGAUUCCGCGCGAAGUGAAACCGGAUUUCACAAAUUUGAACGAUUACUCGUCGAUAAUGAACAACGAGAAUAAGGCUCAGAAAGUAAACAGACAAGAGCGGCCGAUGUCUCUGGAUUCCUGUUUGAAUCAAACCAUCAUAAUAGAAGCAAAGCCGGAACUGAUUGAGAAGUCGUCACCCCUAGCCUUGGUUCUGGAAAGUUCAGAGAAUUACCCAUAUUCGACUUUGGGGUACGGGAUGGACAUUAUUACCAACUACCAAUAUGCAGAUGAUACGCUUUCGAGACAGGACGAGAGCCAGCUUUGCCAAAAACUGAUGCUGGACAAGGUGGACAUGGUGAAACC